GUUUUCCACACUUUUUUUUAUUACCGAUGCUUACUGCAACGUGCUGUCGACCCCUGCCUCGAAUUGGGCUGUCGCCCGCAAUUGCGCGUAUGUCGCGCUCAGUAUUCGUGCGUAGGUUUGCCAGUCUGCAUUGCCGGUCGGCACUCGCACCAGUGCCAAGACCGGUAGUGCUUGCUGGCAAGCCCUGGGCACCCGCCGAUCUGGGCCAGAAGCGCACGUACUAUAGCGACCAGCGCGACCCGUUUGACCGGCGACCGCACUAUAAGCCCAACAACAGCCCCGUGCCGUGGCUCAAGCCGGCGCUGUAUACAGCCGGGGAAUUGCGCUUGUCGUGGUGGCAUGGCCGAUGAUCCGCCUCGUUAUUCUGGGCGGCAUCGGCUUUGCAUUCUACCGCGGCUUCCGGAUGCUGAUGAUUGCGCGGGAGAUAAACCGCGUGCUGCACGAGAGCGGCAUGCACGGCAGCAGCGGCAAGGGCCCACUGGGCGACGUCGUGUCGUACAUCAAGCAGACGAUCGAGCGGCUGGCGCCCUUCUCCAUCUUCAGCAGCACACGCCCCUCAGCCACCCUGCUGCGAGGCCUGGCCGAAGACGCGGUUCUGGCAGCCUACGAGGUUGAUCCCCAGGUACGGGAUCUGAUUGGCGCCGGAUCAGCUGUCUCUCUGGGCGAGCCACUCGAGUUCUCGUCGUCAUCGUCCGUCAGCUCCUCGUCUGGCAAACAAAGGACCGAUAUUGAAGCGAUUUUCCCAGUGUUUGCCGACAACCAGGCGACACACGUCUUUCUCCGUGUCACUGGCCAGGUCGAGGAUGACGUGAAAGAGGCAAAAGUGUGGCUUUUGGCCAAAACCGAGAACGACCAGAUUGUCGAGCUGGAACUGGAUGUCCUCAACGAUUCACAGACAGCUGGCCGGUCUGAAAAACACGCAAAGAGGCGUGUUCAGGAUGCCGAGUUCAAAGAUUUAGACUGACAAGACAACCACAAUCCCGUUUACCCGAUUGACCCUUUAGUUGACUGUGAAUGGGCUGUGAAUCGCCUGUACUAAGCCUCCCUUUCUUCUGUCUCUUUCUGGCGCAUGCAUUAUAAAUGCAAGACAAUCCGCACGAAACGGUAUUCCCUUUCUUGACACUCUUCAACCCCCAAUUUCAAACGCUCCUUAGCGUUCGCACUUCCCGUUAUGGCCUUAUUAAAAUGUUACUCCUAGACCCAGUGCUGAGCGAAGAGGCGCCGGAGGGGUGCAUGGGUUUGGGGAGGCACGCAAUGUGGCACGGGUGAGGUGUGCCCUGGCUCGCCAGGUACUUAAGCAUGGCUCCCAGCAUGCUCGCUCGUCUAAAUAGCUAUCGGUGCAAGCAACUUUCUUUCUCGCUC